AUGGGCACUCCUCAUCAGCAGCAGUGGCCCUUCAAGACGAAUCGCAAUAUGCCUCCGCGCUUCUUACAACGACUCGAGAAACAGAACGAAGCGUACAAGCAGGCUUUCGGGGGCGAGCCCAAGUUCGACCCUCCACCAUAUCCCGUCUCGACACCGAGGUCUUCAAUAUCGGACGCAUCUUUCCAGCAGCAAAGUCCACCGCCCCAGUAUUCCCAGCUCAACCAUCGACCGUCUUACCACUACGAACGACUGGCACUACCUCCGAACUCUUUGGUUCUGGUUACUGGCGCAAAUGGAUGGCAGGGCAUGCACGUUGCGGACCAACUACUGGAGCACGGGUAUCGAGUACGAGGGACUGUACGAGACGCAGACAAAGCCAUCUGGACGAGCAAAUACUUCAAGGAGAAGUAUGGAGCGGGAAGAUUCACAACGGCCAUCAUCCCGGACGUAGUACCGCGUGGAUCUCUCCAUGUCGCCGUGCGAGGCUGCUCAGGAGUGGUGCACUGCGUAUCCGUCAUGACCUUCUCUCCAGAUCCCACCGAAGUCAUCACUCCCACGAUAGCUGGUGCGCUGAACGCCCUCGAAGCGGCAGCGCAAGAGGUAAAUGUCAAACGAUUCGUGUAUUGCAGUUCCACCGUAGCGGCGGUAGCUUCUGGCACUGGUACUCGGACAGAGGUCACGAGCGAUAGCUGGAACAUGUCUGCUUUCUUGACGGCAUGGCAGCCGCCGCCAUACGAUCUCGAUCGAUCCUGGUCGGUGUAUGCUUCAAGCAAAUUGCAGACCGAGCAGGCGGUUUGGAGGUGGUAUAGCGACCAUCGGCCGCAUUUUACGCUGAAUACGGAAUACUUCGUCGACGUCCAAGACUCGGCCAUCCUCCACGUCGCGGCCCUCAUCCUCCCGGACGUCUUCGACCGCCGCAUCUUCGCCGCCAACCGCCCCUACAACAUCAACUCGCUCCUCACCCUCCUCCGCGCCCUCUACCCGCAUCGGAUCCUCGAGGGCGAUGUGAGCGAUCAUGGCGUCGAUGUGACGGUUUAUCGCGAAGCGGGGUAUGCGGAGGAGUUGUUGAGGCGGAUGGGGAGGAGGGGGUGGACGGAGAUGGAGGUUAGUGUGGGGAGGUGUUGUGAGAGUUUUAUUUGA